CGGCCCCCGCGGGCCCGUGACCCGGAAGUAGUUGGCGGCCCCUUCCGCUGCCUCGCACGUUGGCCGGGCCUGCCAGGGAGCAGCCAUGAAGCCGAUCCUGCUGCAGGGCCACGAGCGCUCCAUCACCCAGAUCAAGUACAACCGCGAGGGCGACCUGCUCUUCACCGUGGCCAAGGACCCCAUUGUCAAUGUGUGGUACUCUGUCAACGGGGAGAGAUUGGGCACCUACACCGGCCACACCGGAGCCGUGUGGUGCGUGGAUGCCGACUGGGACACCAAGCACGUCCUCACCGGCUCAGCCGACAACAGCUGCCGCCUGUGGGACUGCGAGACAGGGAAGCAGCUUGCCCUCCUCAAGACCAACUCGGCCGUCCGUACCUGCGGCUUCGACUUCGGCGGCAACAUCGUCAUGUUCUCCACGGACAAGCAGAUGGGCUACCAGUGUUUCGUGAGCUUCUUCGAUCUGCGCGACCCCAGCCAGAUUGAGAGCAACGAGCCCUACAUGAAGAUCCCCUGUAACGACUCCAAGAUCACCAGCGCCGUGUGGGGGCCCCUGGGGGAGUUCAUCAUCGCCGGCCACGAGAACGGCGAGCUCAACCAGUUCAGCGCCAAGUCCGGCGAGGUGAUGGUGAACGUCAAGGAGCAUUCACGGCAGAUCAACGACAUCCAGACUUCCCGUGACAUGACCAUGUUCGUCACCGCUUCCAAGGACAACACGGCCAAGCUCUUUGACUCCACAACCCUCGACCACCAGAAGACGUUCCGGACGGAGCGGCCUGUCAACUCUGCUGCCCUCUCCCCCAUCUACGACCACGUGGUCCUCGGGGGUGGGCAGGAAGCCAUGGAUGUAACCACCACCUCCACCAGAAUCGGGAAAUUCGAGGCGCGGUUCUUCCAUUUAGCGUUCGAGGAGGAGUUUGGCAGGAUCAAGGGCCACUUCGGGCCCAUCAACAGUGUUGCCUUUCACCCGGACGGCAAGAGUUACAGCAGCGGCGGCGAGGACGGUUACGUCCGCAUCCACUACUUCGACCCCCAGUACUUCGAGUUUGAGUUUGAGGCGUGAGGAGUCUGUGCCGCCGGGGAGGGGGCGAGGCCAGAACCCCGGGGGACCUCUUGGCCGGGGGUCUGUCAGAGAACCGUGGACGUUGAGAAAUAAAUUUCCCCAGGAAAUGA